UCAUGAUGGUCGGCAUCAUCGACGCCACCAUUUCAUUGCACCCUCGUUGUCAAGGCUCACAAGUAACGGAGAGUGUGCCUCUCAAUCAAUGUGUACGGACCGCUAUUAAGUGCAGAUCACGUUGGCCGUAUGCUCUCUGCGGCUUCCGCCUUCCUUCAGCAUCCAUUCUUCCUGGAGCCAGGCAAAGAAUACUUCAACCCCCAGAUGUUCAGGAUCGGAGAUGAGAUACGUAAACCUUACACACUUGGUCAGCUUGACUGAGAAGGAUCUCAACGCCAAGACUAUUUCCGACGAGGUCGAUGACAUUCUUGGGUCCCUCGAUGGCGGCAACGUUUCGGAUGACAUUGACUUCGAAGUGGGCAUUUCGGAGGUUGCUCUGCGUACUUCCUUGACCGAUCACCAGCGGACUGCACUGAGGUUCAUCCGAGGGAGGGAGACCCACGAGCGGUGUCAGGAGAUGCACCAAAACUUUCGGCUCGUGACAGGUACAUCAUCCCACGCUGACGUCCCCUCGUACUUGACCGGAGGUAUACUGGCCGACGUGAUGGGACUCGGCAAAACUCUAUCCAUGAUAUCUGCCAUCCUUUCGUCGCUGCACAUUUCUCGCCAAAGGCCUUCCUACCCUGACGGUGCAGCCUACCUGGCUACUGAUGUCGACGGAUCCUGCUUCAAUACCGGAGCAACGUUAGUCGUUGUGACGUCUAUGCAGGUUCUGAAGGUUUGGGAGACGGAAAUCGACAAGCACGUCGAGCCCAACACACUCAAGACAGUCAGAUUUCAUGGCAAGGCCCGCCCGACAUCACCUAGCCAGUUGAUUGAUCAUGACAUUGUCUUUACCACAUAUGGGACACUAUCAGCUUCGUACAAGAAAUGCGGUGUGUUACACCAGGUAAACUGGUACAGGGUCGUGCUGGACGAAGCACAUUGGAUCCGAAACGAAAACUCGACACAGUACAAGGCCGCGACUAGUCUCAAGUCGGUGCGCCGCUGGUGCCUCACAGGAACUCCAAUCGCGAACAAGUUGGGCGACCUCGUCUCCUUACUUCGAUUCCUUCACUUCGGGCCAUUUUCGUCCCCUGUUGUUUUCAAUCAGUACAUCCUUCAACCCCUACGAGAAGAUUCAGGGAGCGGAGCCCUUAGACUGAGAGCGUUACUGCGCACGAUUUGCCUUCGACGGGACGAAAGACUCCUGAAACUCCCCAAGACCAGGCUCGAACAGAUCGAGGUGACACUACAGCAGGAAGAGCAACAGCUGUAUAGCGACAUCAUGACCCAAUGUGCCCGCGUCAUUGACGAGGUUGUCAGCUCUCGGGCCAAUGUCAAAAAGUAUGGCGUCCUCUUUGCAGUCACUGUGAAACUUCGAAGACUGUGCAACCACGGCGCCUUCACCAUCACGUCAACACGGGUCUCUAGUACUGGAGUCGAAUCAACUUUAGAGCGAGACGAAGGCUGCGACUUCUGCAAUGGUGCGAUGAGGACAACUUGGAGCUUGUCGUUCAUGGUAAACUUUGCUCCGAGUGCGGUAGGCAGCUAGCCCCUACGAACUGUGUGCAGACUCCGACAGCACCGAGAAGAUCGCCUUUGUUCGAGUAUGCGACAACCACACACAACCUGAACGCGAAUCGAGCUGGCGCCAGGGAAUUGAUAGGAGGUGUUUCAACAAAGGUGCAGGCAGUGAUACGCAAACUGAGUCAGCUUGGCCACGGUUCGAAGAGUCUCGUUUUCUCAUACUGGACGUC